ACCUUUCAGCAGCCCAGAGGAAAUUUGCCCAUUCUCUGAGAGACUUUAAAUUUGAAUUCAUUGGUGAUGCAGAGACAGAUGAUGAAAGAUACAUAGAUGCAUCACUUCAUGAGUUUUCAAACUUUUUAAAAAAUCUGGAAGAACAAAGAGAAAUUUUGGCACUCAGUGUUACUGAAACUCUGAUCAAACCUUUGGAAAGAUUUAGGAAAGAGCAGCUAGGAGCUGUAAAGGAGGAAAAGAAGAAGUUUGAUAAAGAGACAGAGAAGAACUACAGUUUGUUAGAGAAGCAUUUGAAUUUAUCAGCUAAGAAGAAAGAGCUGCAAUUACAAGAGGCAGAUAACCAAGUGGAUCAGAACAGGAAACACUUCUAUGAGCUAUCCCUCGAGUAUGUGUGCAAACUGCAAGAGAUACAGGAGCGGAAGAAGUUUGAGUGUGUGGAACCUGUGCUAUCGUUUUUUCAGGGUUUGUUCACUUUCUAUCAUCAGGGAUAUGAACUUGCUAAAGACUUCAAUCAUUAUAAAAUGGCCCUGCAGAUAAAUAUACAAAAUACACGAAAUCGUUUUGAAGGAACAAGGUCAGAGGUAGAGGAGCUCAUGAACAAGAUCAGAAGAAAUCCUCAGGAACAUAAAAGAGCAAAUCACUUCACGAUGGAAGGCUACCUCUAUGUACAGGAAAAAAGGCCGGCUCCCUUUGGUUCCAGUUGGGUGAAGCACUAUUGCACGUACAGGAAAGAGACAAAGAAGUUCACCAUGAUUCCAUUUGAACACAGAUCAGGAGGGAAACUUGGUGAUGAGGAACUCUUUGUCCUGACGUACUGUACCAAAAGAAAUAUAGAUACUAUAGACAGGCGAUUCUGUUUUGACUUAGAAGCUUCAGACAGGCCUGGAGUUCCUGUGACCAUGCAGGCGUUUUCUGAGGAGGACAGGAAGCUGUGGAUGGAAGCCUUGGAUGGAAAAGAAGCUCUGUUCAUCAAUUUGAAUAGAGCGAAUGCAAAACGAGAGGGAAGUGCACAAUUGGAUAAGAUAGGGUUCACCGUCAUCAAAAAGUGCAUCAGUGCCAUUGAAACACGAGGUAUAAAUGACCAAGGAUUGUACAGAGUCGUGGGGGUGAGUUCAAAGGUCCAGAGACUUCUGAGUUUGUUGAUGGAUGCAAAAACCUGCAAUGAAGUUGACCUGGAAAACUCUGUAGAUUGGGAAGUGAAGACAAUUACUAGUGCUAUGAAGCAAUAUCUGCGAAGCCUUCCAGAGCCACUGAUGACAUACGAGUUGCAUGGAGAAUUCAUCGUUCCUGCCAAAAGUGGGAGUCCUGAAUCUCGAGUUAAUGCUGUUCACUUCUUGGUCCAUAAACUCCCAGAAAAGAACAAAGAGAUGCUGGAUAUUUUGGUGAAACAUUUAGCAAAUGUUUCAAAGCAUGCCAAGAGGAAUCUAAUGACUGUGGCCAAUCUAGGGGUAGUAUUUGGACCAACCUUAAUGAGGCCACAGGAAGAAACUGUAGCAGCCAUCAUGGACCUGAAGUUUCAGAAUAUCGUCGUCGAAAUCCUAAUAGAAAAUCAUGAGAAGAUUUUCAAAACCCUGCCUGAUGCCACUUUCCCUGAGCCAAUCUCUAUGUCAGUAUCUCCUCCAAACGCUCCACCAAGGCAAUCAAGACGACAAGGACAACGUAUUAAGAGGCCUCUGGCUGUUUACAAUCUCUGUCUUGAGCUGGAUGAUGCUGACAGUCACAGCUCUCCCAGAGAAGACACCCCACCUGGGAGCAUGGAUUCUCUUUCUUCCCAGUCUCCAACACCGACACCUGCCUUCUCUAGUAGUCCCCCAGGGCUGCUGGACGGAAAUCACCUUAUUAUGGACAGCGGAGAUCUUGCAAGCUGGACAGCAAAUCUGUAA